CUUGACUUGGCUUAGCGGUUUAAACUAAAAGUGGAUCGGCUUUCUGAUGGAGAUUUCAAACCUGAUGGCACCACAGUUGUUUUUAUUCAUGUUAAUCCGAGGCAUCCUAUAUGUGUGAAGUGGAUAUAAUGAACGACGCUUCGAUACGUCUCAUAGUGGAGCUCCAUUGUACCCUGGUAAGCGGAUGGGCAAUUUAUAAACAGAAUGAAAAGACCAACCGUAGCCCGAACCUGACCUCCAGACCGUGACAAACGGUGUCAAGAAGCGACAGUACGCUAGAUGAUUGAUGCAAGGAUAUGGUUCAGGACAAGCCACUCCGAGAGCUGACCGAUCUUGCGAGAGACUCCCAACGCUUCCUCAAUACUUGCGUAGAGAUGAAAGUAACAUCUCCAUCAUUUUUGGAGACCGGUAGUUGUACCGCUUUCUUGGCGAACUGGAGGGUGGAAAAGCCAAGUUCAAGAAAUAAGGUGCUGAUCUCUGCUACAAAUUUUGGGGUAUCUAAGAUACUUAUGGUUUUUAGCCUCAUUAGUAGCAACCACUAUGGAAAGAUCGAGAUUGUCAGCCUCUCUGAAAAUCGGAAGACACAACUGUUAGUAUUGUAUCACUCACCCUGGUUGUCGAAGAAAGAUACGAAAGGCGUGGCCUGCUCAGCGCGACUAAACCAAACCAGAUGCGCCUCAAUCUCCAGUGCGUUUGUUGAACCAGUGCUCAGUUGCCCCGUUAUAGGAGUAUCUGGGUCUGAAGCCUUGGUCAGGGCUGUGCGAAGUAAAAGAAAGCUGUCAUGCUGAGAGCAGAAGACCUUGAUCGGGCAACAGAGUUAUUCUAGAUUUUGUGUCUUAUUCCAUCCACUAUCCACUAGAUUGACUUUCACCACAGCCAGGGUCAUACUUUCUGAAAAAUGGUCUCGUGGUAAAUAUCUACUCCUCAGGCAGCCAUUCCAGCAAUCUUACAUAAGCUACCCUAGUUA